CAGUCAAGCAGGCGAUUUUUUCCCUCUAAGGCUAAAGCGAGCAAUGACGGACUACGAUGAUCACAGCAACUGUGCAUCUAAUAUGUAUUUACCGUACUAUGUUUCUGCUCCUGAUUUUUCGUCCGUCUCGCCGUUUUUACCACAAACUACAGCGUGUCAAGUAAAUUUCCCCUAUUCUUCCAACCUAGCGCAAGUCCAACCUGUUCGUGAAGUGACUUUCAGGGACUAUGGACUGGAUCAUCCGAGCAAAUGGCAUUACAGGGGCAAUUACGCUUCGUACUAUUCAACGGAGGAGAUAAUGCACCGAGAUCUCCUGCAGUCAUCAAACAGAGCGGAAAUGAUUUUUAAAAACGAUUCCAUGUAUAGCCAUCACGGUGGUACUAACUCCUCGUGCAAUUUCUUCACCAACGUCGGCAGAAAUGGGGUACUUCCACAAGAAUUUGAUCACUUUUUUGAGACUGUUAACUCUGAGAAGCCCAACCCUGAGCAGUCCAAACAAAAGCCAGAUACGAGUGUCUGCGGAGAUGCUUCAUGCAAUGUGUCCACAGAUAGCGCGGAGCAGACCAAACGAGACCCUACGGAAACCAUGGAGGAGGAAUCCUCAAUAUCAACCUGCGAUGAAGAAAAGAACAACGACUCAAGUGCAACAAAGUCGAGAAAAAAGAGAUGCCCAUAUUCGAAAUACCAGAUCCGAGAACUUGAACGAGAAUUCUUUUUCAAUGUGUACAUAAACAAAGAGAAACGCCUGCAUUUGUCAAGAAUGCUCAGUCUUACAGACCGACAAGUGAAGAUUUGGUUCCAGAACCGAAGGAUGAAAGAGAAAAAGGUGAACCGAGAUCGUCUCCAGUAUUUCACUGGAAAUCCAUUGUUCUGAAAGCCAUGAUAUUGGCCGAGACGAUGAAACGAUGGCUAUUCUAUUAUGUCAUAAUUGUGGGACAUCAUCCAUUCGUCGGACACAUGGGUUAUUUUCACGUCAGCUCUGUAUUUAAAACUAUGCAAAAUAUUUGCUAUCAAAAAUUAAUGUGAUCUGCGAUUAAAAUUCUGCACAAAUGAUCUACAACAGUGUAUUCGCGAUGAGGUAAAUUAUGAGUUAUCAGGAACAUAUAGGUACCUCGACAAUCUCUUCAUACUCUGUGUUAA